AUGCAUCGACGGUACAGAGGCAACAGAGGUUCCCUCUCAACCGAUGAUGAAAAGAAACCAGGCAUCUCUAAAACACAUCCGCUUGGAGAUGUGAUUGAGCGCAUCACUAGGGACAGUCUCUCCGACACUGGUGUCCGCGCUGAGAUUGACAAUGUCCAAUGUGUGGCAUCCUACAACUGGGUUAGCUCUUCAACACCCAAGAUCAUUAUCCCAGGCGAACCUCCCAGAUGGACACCACUCAAGGGCUCCAACAAACUGCCUCAAGAUUCCGGUGAUUACUAUCGCGACAUCAACGCCGCCUCUUACCCCAAGCAUCCAUUGGAGCCUGCCAUUGUGUCUGUCAUGAAGAUGCAUCCAGAGUCCAUGCCCGUCAAUAUUGUCGCAUGCGGAAGCUCAAUUGGAAACCUUUUACGUUUUACCAGAGGGGUCGACCUCGAUCGCUGCUUUCGCAUUCUCGUCGAGAGAGUUGGCGACACGGUUCAUCUCAUUCGUAGGGAGGACGCGCCUGAUCAGACGAUCGAGGAUAUUCGAGGAUUUGGGCACACUUUUCCCGAGGCAUACACUACUUGGGGUCCUGAAGCUAAGAGAUCCAAGACACACCAAAGAAUCAUUUCCUAUCGGUUCGCCGGUUAUGAUCUACUUGUCCGCUUCGAAGGCGAUGGGUUUCUUGGUCCGUCCAAACCCGAGAUUCGCAUCAAGUCAUACGAUGAAACCUCCAACGCAAAUAGCCUUUACCAGAUUGAAGAUAUUGGCGUCAGUGACUCACCAGUCAACAUCAGCAACAAGCUUGUCGUUUUGGAAGGCGGCGAGAAUAUCCCCCAAAGCAGCAUCUUUGACUUGAAGACACGAUCGGUAUACACCCGCAAGAAGGAUCAUCUCGGAGACCAACUCCAACGUUUGUGGAUAUCCCAGAUCCCGCAAUUCCUCCUCGCCUACCACGAAAAAGGGCUCUUCCGGGAAAGCGAUAUCGAGAUCAAGGAUAUCAAGUCCGAUAUCGAAAAAUGGCAAGAUCAGAAUCAGCCAUGUCUCAAUCGCCUUGCUGCCCUCCUCCACGUCAUCAUUGACAACACUCGAAGAUCCAAUGAUGGCAAGUUGGAGAUAGUCUGGUCUAAGAACGGCUCUCUUGAGAUUCGAAAACAAUUGCCAGACGGGGGAGACGUCUUGUCGGAGCCAGUGAGGAAGCAAUGGGAGGCUUGGUUGGGAGUUGAGGAUGAGGAGAAGUUCAAUCUGGAAGGCUCAGGACGUUGGGAAGAGUUCAUGGCAACACUCUCAGACAGUGAUGAGCAGAGUGAUUACGCUGCAUGUGAUGCUGAAUGCGGCUAUUGCGGAAAGUGCAACUAG